ACCUCUUUUCUCUCUCUCAUGGGAGGCGACUAAGACCUGCUGCUAUUCGGACCAGGAGGAAAAGUAGCUGAAGAAGAAAGUACUCGUUUUGCAAAAAAACCAUUUUUGGAGACGAACGAAACGGUGUCGUAACAAGAGAUCUGAAUACAGAGAUGGAUAUAGAGAGAGAGAAAGCUAGUAGUACAUCCAUGGAGGAGGAGAAGAGCUCGCUGGUGCAGAGCGUGAUCGACGUCGUGAGCGAGAUAGCUUCGAUCUCCGAAUACAAGUGUACGGUAAAGAAACAGUAUUGUAAUUUGGCUAGAAGGUUGAAGCUAUUGACUCCAAUGUUCGAGGAGAUUCGGGAUAGUAAAGAAGCGUUGCCUGAAGACACCAUGAAAGCCUUGGUUUCGUUUAGGGAUGCUCUGAGAUCGGCUAACGAUUUGCUUCGAUUCGGCAGCGAAGGAAGCAAGAUAUACCUGGUCCUGGAGAGGGAGCAAGUUAUGAGCAAGUUCCAUGACGUGACAGCUAAAUUGGAACAAGCUUUGAGUGGUAUUUCCUACGGCAAACUUGACAUAUCAGAUGAAGUUAAGGAACAGGUUGAGCUUGUUCUUGCUCAGUUCAGACGAGCCAAAGGACGGGUUGAUGCACCAGAUGUUGAGCUGUUUGAGGAUCUCUCAUCACUUUACGAUAGCAAUGAUGCACCAGCAGAUCCAGCUAUUCUAAAAAGACUGGUUGAGAGAUUACAAUUGGUGGGAAUAGAUGAGCUUGCACAGGAGUCAAUAGCUUUGCAUGAAAUGGUAACUGCCAGUAAUGGGGAUCCAGGGGCAAGCAUUGAAAAAAUGUCAAUGCUAUUGAAGAAAAUCAAAGAUUUUGUGCAGACAGAGAACCCCAACUUGGAUGCCCCUGCAAGAGAAAAGGGUGUUCCUGCAAGUUGUAGUGGGGCAUCUACUGACAGGAAUCACAAGGUCCCAGUUAUACCAGAUGAUUUUCGUUGUCCAAUAUCACUCGAGUUGAUGAAAGAUCCUGUCAUUGUUUCAACAGGGCAGACUUAUGAACGUUCAUGUAUUGAAAAGUGGCUAGAAGCUCAUGGGACAUGCCCAAAGACACAACAGGCUCUCUCUAACAAUACCCUCACACCAAACUAUGUACUUCGUAGUCUCAUAGCUCAGUGGUGCGAGGCAAAUGGCCUUGAACCCCCAAAACGACCCAGCAGUUCACGACCCAAUAAAGCUACAUCUGCUUGCUCACCUGCUGAACGUACUAAGAUUGAAACUCUCCUGCGCAAGCUUACUUGUGGAAACCCCGAAGAUAAGAGAUCUGCUGCUGGAGAGAUCCGCCUUCUCGCAAAGCGCAAUGCUGAUAAUCGUGUGGCUAUUGCUGAGGCUGGUGCAAUCCCUCUCCUUGUAAAUCUCCUUUCAACACCUGACUCUCGUACACAAGAGCAUGCUGUAACAGCUCUUCUUAAUCUUUCUAUAUGUGAUGAAAAUAAAGGAAGCAUUGUAUCCUCUGGUGCUGUUCCUGGCAUAGUACAUGUGCUCAAGAAGGGAAGCAUGGAAGCUCGUGAAAAUGCGGCUGCGACCCUCUUCAGCCUCUCAGUUGUGGAUGGAAAUAAGAUUACUAUUGGUGCUUUGGGGGCCAUUCCACCACUAGUGACGCUGCUGAGUGAAGGUAAUCAAAGGGGUAAGAAGGAUGCUGCAACAGCACUUUUCAAUUUGUGCAUUUACCAAGGGAACAAGGGGAAGGCAGUGAGGGCUGGUGUUGUGCCAACACUAAUGCGCUUGUUAACAGAGCCUGGAGGGGGCAUGGUGGAUGAAGCACUGGCAAUUCUGGCAAUUUUGGCUAGCCACCCCGAAGGGAAGGCUGCCAUUGGUGGUGCAGAGGCAGUGCCAGUUUUGGUAGAGGUCAUAGGGAGUGGAUCUCCAAGGAACAGAGAGAAUGCGGCUGCAGUUUUAGUUCACCUAUGUGGAGGUGACCAACAACACCUAGUGGAAGCUCAAGAGCUUGGAGUGAUGGGUCCGCUGGUGGAGUUGGCACAAAAUGGCACCGAAAGAGGCAAGCGAAAGGCUGUACAAUUGCUCGAGCGUAUGAGUAGGUUUGUCGAGCAACAGAAACAAGCUCAAGAGCUAGCUGAGGCUGAAGCGCUAGCCGAGGCGCAAGCUCUAAUCGAGGCUCAAGCUCAGAUGCAGCAAUUGCAGCUUUCCUCCACAGAUACUGUAGAUCUCAGAUGCAGCUAUCCUCCACAAAUGCUGUAGAUGGCUGACACUUUUUGGGUUUUCCUUUUGUUGCGCUAAAAACUAAGUAUCAAAAGAAGAGGCAUUGCAUUGCUUCUGGCAGGGGGGUGGAAGAUCACCUUCAAAAUCUACAAGUUAAUAUAUUCAUUUGUUUUGUGUGCACCACGAGGACCAUACGAACAUCAGAUUCUUAAAACAAGAGAACAAAGGGUUUGGGGUAAACUAGAAGACAGGACAGGAGGGGUGAAAUAUACCUGACAUGUAUCUAAAAUUUGUACCAUCGUAACAUCAUUGUAAUCAUCCUCAGUUUUUAGUGAAGAGAUGUUUAUUGUCCGAGCAAAGGAGAAGAAAUGUCUAUUGUACUUCGAAUCAAAUUUACUGUUACUGCAUAAUUCUGUGAAAUUAAUGGUUGCGACCGAGAAAUGAAAGAAAUUAAUUUUAUCA